GGGAUUUCAACGAAAAUCGGAAUUCUGAGAGAGCAGCAGCAGCCCCGGAAGGCGGCGAGAAAGGGAAAACGAAAGCUGCAGAGCACCCGAGGGAGUUCACCUAUCGAGGCUUUCAAUCGUGA